CAGAUUUGAAAAAUAAUGCAAAGUGAUGUUUUACUUUUUUGCGUGAAAAUAAGAAUUUGUCAUACAGAAGGAUGUAAAAAUAAAUAAGAUGAUCAAAUCAUUAGUUUAUUUUACGAAAUAAUAUGUGGAUGUAAGGUCUCGAAAAUGGAUUUGAUUGCUAAAAAGAUAAAAUACUCGGAAAAUGCGGAGACUCAAAAUUUUAUUUCUUUGAGUUCGAUUUGCGAAAAUGCUGAACUGGAAAAAUUUGCUAUAGAAUAUCACGAUGGACUUAAUAUUAAAAAAAUAACAUACCAGGAACUAGAAACUACGAAAAUUGACAUAAAAGAAAUUUUGGAAGGAAUUUUCGCAUCGCAAUUUGUGGCAAUAGAUCUCGAGACUCCGGGAUUUUGCAUCCCAUCUAUAAUCUUAGGAAUAAUUUCAAGUGGUCGAGGAUUCAUUACAUUACCCUCGACAUCUCUAGAUUUAUUUUCUCGAUUGAAGGUCUCACAUCUAUUUUCUCGGAGUGAAAUACCCGAUGCCGAGUUACAUUAUCGAUUAAAUAUUCACGGCCAAAGUGUUCAAUUACUCAAGCUGAAAACCAAUCAGAAAAAAAACAAUUCAGAUUUCCAAAAAAAUAUUUUCGCCUACGCCAUCAGUACUUCCGGAACAACUGGAGUUCCAAAAAUUGUAAAGGUGCCGCAUGAAAGUAUAGUGCCUAAUAUUUUUGACUUAAAAAAGAUCCUUGCAAUUACAAAUAGGGACGUGAUUGCCCAAUUAACGAGCAUGACUUUCGACCCGAGUAUCGUAGAGAUUUUUUUAGGAUUUUCUAGUGGUGCAACUCUUUUUAUGGCUUCUGGAGAAUUGAAAAAAAAUCCCAGGAAGCUUUUAGAAAUUAUGAAGCUGAGUAAAGUUUCCGUUUUUCAAACUACCCCUUCAAUUUUGCUGGGAAAAUUUUCAGAAGAAGAUUUAAAAAAUGGAAUAUUAGGGGAGAAAGGUUCUUUAAGGAUUUUGAUCCUUGGAGGUGAAAUUUUUCCGAAAAUGGAAGCGCUCAAGAGAGUUCGAAAUGAGAAAAAUCAAACGAGAAUUUUUAAUAUUUAUGGAAUCACGGAAGUUUCUUGUUGGGCGAGUGUUGAAGAAUUUAAGGAGGAAAAUGAAUUAGAUAUUUCUAAUGGAUUCUUGGGAAAAGCACUUUCGGAAACGAUCUUCGAAGUUAGAAGUGAGGAAGGAAAAGUUCUGGAAGAAGGAGAAGGCAUUUUAUUUAUCGGUAGUAGAAAAAGAAUUUGUAGUAUAGAUGAAGAGGAAAUAAAUUCAUCUAGAGACCCAGUAUUUCGAAAUACUGGAGAUGAAGUAAUGAUUGAUAAUACGAGGCGUAUAUUUUACAAAGGAAGACAUAAUAAGAUAAUAAAAAGAUUUGGAAACAGAAUCGAUCUCUGCAAACUAGAAAAUACGAUUUUAAAAAUGGACUCAAUACGAAAUUGUCUUGCAAUUUGGAAUGAUAAAAAUCACAAGUUGCAUCUUUGUGUCUCUAAAUUAACAAAUAUUGAAAAAAGCGGAGAGGAGAAUAUAAAAAUUUAUUUAAUGAAUAACCUGAGAAAUCUACCAGAUUAUUAUCGACCAGACGAAAUCCACUUAAUUGAUCAUUUCCCUCUCACAUCAAAUGGAAAAGUUUGUUCUCGAUCCUUAGAGAAAAUAAUUGAAAAUUCUUCUAAAAGUACUUCAUUAAAGAAUGUGGAAAAUGAAUUCCAAAGUUUAUGGAAAUUAACUGUAGGCUCUCUCGAAACUGGAUUUUUGAAAUCUGGUGGAACUUCGAUAGCAGCUCUACAAAUUGUAAAUUCUCUUUCGGAAAAAUUCAAUCAAGAGUUCCCAGAUUUAAUCGGCAUGCUUCUGAAAGAUUCAGAUUUUCCUCAAUGUCUUGCCUAUCUCAAAAAUCAAUUUAAAAGGCAAAUUAAUUCUGGCAGUGAAAUUAAUAUAAAAUUUGAAAGUAAAAAUGAAUCUUCAGCUUCUAGUUCGAGGAAGAAAAUUUCACUAUCAGUGGAGGAAUCGAAAAAAUUGAAUAAUUCUGAUGAAAUCAUUGAUAGAUGUUUAUGGCAAAAGUGCAGAGGCUUUAAAAUUGGAGGGGAUCAAAUAGAAAACGAAGGGAAAUGCUCUUUAAAGAGGGGAAUUAAAUUUCAAUUUUUAAAGUGUUACGACUUGAAAAAGUGUGUAGACGCUUCUCCGACUGUUUUUGAAUAUUCCAGCGGAAAAAUAUUUGCGACCGCUGGUUCUCAUUCCGGUUUAAUUUGCACGAUUGAAUUAAGUUCUUCUGAAAAUUAUUUAGUCCGAUUGCCAGAUAGAAUCGAAGCUUCAGUUCUAGUUUUCGAUAAUUUUCGUGGAGUUGUUGGCUGCUACGAUGGAUUUGUGUAUUGUUUAAAUCUAAAGACUGGUGAAAUAUAUUGGAAAUUUAAAACUGAAGAUGCAGUAAAAUGUACAGCUGCAAUGUGUUCAGAAAAAAAAUUAAUUUUCGUGGGAUCUUAUGAUAAACAUAUGUACUGUCUUUCUUUGGAGACCGGAUCAGAAUUGUGGAGAAGAAAAGCAAGCGAAGGAAGCAUUUCCGCAACAGCUCGUAUGCAUUUUGAAACUAGAACUCUUCUCUUUGGAACCCUGGACGGAACUUGCAUCUCUCUAGAUCAAGUUUCUGGAAAGAUCAAGUGGCGAAAUUCACUCUUGGAUCCUAUAUUCUCAGCACCAGCAAUUUUCAAAUCUGGCACCGUCGUCUUCGCAAACGUAUCUGGAAAAUUAACCUGUUUUAACAUUUUAUCUGGCCAUAAGUUAUGGACUUACGCUAUAGAUGGAAAUAUAUUUUCCCACUUGGUCCUUGUUAAUAAUUCCGAACCGAAUGACGAGAGUAUAAUUUUUGCAAGCAGAAAUAAAACUCUCUACUAUCUUGGAUGUCAUUCGAAACCAACUUUAAGAUACUCAACAAGGACCGAGAGUCCGAUUAUCGCAACUCCUUGGCACUCAAAUGAAAUUAUUUUAAACGCCUGCAUUGAUGGGACUUUGCAAAUUAUCGGCUCGAGCACUGGAGACAUUUUAGCGAGUCAUAAACUCGAUGGUGAUGUUUUCUCGUCUGCAGUUUUGCAUCAAGACUUCGUCGUCGUCGGCUCUCGCGAUAACAGAUUGUACGUUUUUAAACUCAAUUAAUUUAAUCAUUUUUAUGUUAAUUUUUUUAUGUCUACUGGUCUAGAAUCAAUAUUUUUAAAAUAUUAAUUUAUAUAUUUAACCCUAUCAGCCUAAACUAAAAUAUCUCUGGUUAAAAUUAACAAAUCGGGAUUUUUUAUUUUUUAAACUAUAGCUGAAAGUCUUAUAAAAAUGAAUGUUAUAAAAUUAAUAAAAUGAAUCCAACAUAUUACUAUAAAUAGUUUCACAAAACUGAAAAAAAAACUAUAGAUCGAGAAGAAAAUAUCGUCCGGGCAUAAUACACCCAGUGUAGGCUGAAAGCGCUAAUUUAUUAAUUAAUAUUUAAGAUUGUCGGUUUGUUUGUUCAGAUUGCAGCUGGAGAGGAUUUUUUUCACAAUUUUAAAAAUCAGUAUU